ACACGCAGUCUUGUCUGGGUCGCGAAGGGGAACGCACGUGCGAUGGUUUGCAGAUAACAGUGUCAUUAUUUACAGUGCUUUUUGUCUUUUUUUUUUUUUUUUACUCCCAGUGUCCACUUAAGCUUUUUGAGAUAAGCCGGGUAGAAGAAACUUUGGAUCGAUGCAGCAGUUAGCAAGAAGAUAUUAUGUCAGUUGGAAGUGAAAACUAUCAACUUGUCUGGAGCGAGGACCCAGGACCUGAGGCCUCCAGGGGGCCACUCAUGGGGGGCCGCUGGGGUUGCUCUUCUCCCCUGAGCAUGCUGCGGCGGGUGGCCCCCAUCAUCAUUUUGGCUUCACUCCUCGUCUGUCUGUUCCUCUACUACACUUCACCUUUGGGAGCGACAACUCUGUAUGCACCAUCAGCAGCAUCUGAGACCACUGGACUUGAUUCCGCCACAACAGAAGUUUACCGCAAACGCCUUCGUUUUCGAGGAACCCAGCGGAGACUGCCCCAAGCCCUGAUCAUUGGAGUGCGGAAAUGUGGAACACGGGCCCUACUGGAGAUGCUCAAUUUGCACCCAUACAUCCAAAAGAAUGGAGCCGAGAUGCACUUCUUCGACGAUGACGAGCGCUACGCCAAUGGCAUUGAAUGGUACCGGAAAAAGAUGCCAUACUCUUUUGAUAAUCAAAUCACAAUGGAGAAGACACCAUCCUACUUCAUCUCCCGAGAAGCACCGGCCAGAAUCCACGCCAUGAACACCUCGGCCCGGCUCCUGCUCAUCGUUAGGGAACCAGCUGACCGUGUGCUCUCAGAUUACACCCAGAUUAUGGAGUCUAAACUGAGGAAGGGGAUCCAGAUCGCGCCGUUCCAUGAGAAGAUUCUGACGCCUGACGGGGAGAUUGACGAGACGUACAAGGCCAUCAAAAUAAGUCAGUAUGCAAUACAUGUGUUGCGGUGGCUGAAUGUUUUUCCUAGAGAUCAGAUACACAUCGUUGAUGGCGAUAAAUUAAUAGCCGAUCCUUUUUCGGAGAUAGACAAGGUACAACGGUUCCUGAGGCUUCCUCUCCACAUCACAGCGGAGAAUUUUUACUUCAAUGAAACAAAGGGAUUUUACUGUAUGCGUAAUGAGACUUUUCAGAAGUGCUUAGCCGACUCAAAAGGGAGGAGUCAUCCCUUUGUUGAUCCGGCUCUGAUGUCUAAAUUACGCAAGUUCUUUGCUCCUUUCAAUGAGCAGUUUUAUGAAAUGGUUGGACAGAACUUCAGCUGGCCUACCUCGUAAUCUCGCUUCGUAAAAGGGAAAAAACAGUAAAGUAAUUUGGCAAAUGUUGUUCAUAAAUACUCGAGCAGCUUCAGGUGCAUAUGUACAAUUAUAGGGUAGUUCAUUUAGUUACUUAUGAUGGUGUAAUGGUAUGGGACUGUGGAUAUAGUUUAUUUUUUAUUCAUCUGGGCAUGAAUGCUUCAAUAAUGAUGAGUGUUUGUUUUAUAUAAAGGAAAAUAUUUUCCUAACAAAUGUGUAGAUGUGUUUGCAAGACAAAAAAACAAAAAACGAACAAAAAAAAGCUACAUUAAAGUUACAAUAUGUUGCUCUAUAGUGCUCUGAGCCUUAGAAGAUUAUUUUUAUCAUGGUAAUUAGCUCUUACAAAGAGAAGAUAGGUUUCUUUCUUGUCUUCACAGGGUUCAUAAUAUGGCUGCUGUAAAGUCUUACGAAGACUGAAUCAUUCAGUCUGCAGAUGUCAUUGAAAGGUGAAGUUGAGAGCUUUUGGGGUAUUUCAGGCAUGUUGGAAGGUUCCAAAGCUCAUUCCUAAGCUUUAAUGGUUGCUUUAUUUAUAUUUAAAUGUAAACCCUCAGGAAGCAAGCAUUUAUGAAGGUGACGGGAAAGGUCCUGAUCCUGAGAACUGAUCACUCUGAGCAAGUUCAGUCCAAGCUCAAAGAGAGGAAGAGGAAGCAAAUGAAAGAUUAAAAAAAAAAAAGAGUAGAAACAAAAAAAAAGCAAAACAAGGAAGAAAGAAAGCUCUAGUCUGUUCUCAAAAUUUCCUAAUUGCCAUUUUAGCUGAGCCAAAACACGGCCCAGUUCGAGUCGUGGGAGAUGUUGUUUUUGUCACUGUUAUAGCCUUCUCUUCAGGGACAUAUGAUGAGAGUCCAUCUUGACGAAGUCCAGCAAUAAGUGGAAGGGAUGCUAAGGAAUCAGAAAAAUAAAGGCGUCCGCUUUGUGACCGCAUUGAAGUCUCAAGUCAUUCUUUAAUCGGUCGUUUUGGUAGUAGAAGGAAACCAAAUAAAAACAAAUAUACCUAUGAAAACGAAGGGAAAAGAGAGAAAAAAACGAACAAAUCUUCGGAGCAGAUGCGAACCUCAUCAUGUGUCCAUGUACAAGUGGCACUUAGCAACGAGUCUGUCCAGUCCUGCACUUAGCGUGAGGGGGCCUUUACCACCCCUCCCGCCUCUAUUUGCACUAAUGUUGAUGUAAUGUUAGGUAUUCUUUAGCUUUGUGGUUGCCUGUUAUCCAGGUGUCAUAUUUUGCUCAUUUUUGUUAAAGGGAGACCAGAUUUUCUAAUUACAAUAUGCAUGUGUGCAAUUCUGUCUUUUUUCAUCUUGUGAAUGAAUGAAUGAAUGGUUAUCUGUCAGUCAUAGGGAAAUUCAUUAGCACAGCUAAGUAUAGAGGGGGGAUGGUAUACACAACAGGGGAUCAUAAUACUUUACUAUUUUUCUAGGCCAAUUUGUUGUUUUUAUGCUAACAUGUUUGGACUUCAUUGGUUUAUUUUCUUUUUCUUUUAAAGAUGAUGGCAUGAAUAAAUGGUUCAAUAUAUCUGUAUUGUUUUCAAAGGAAUAUUAAAAGCAUCAGUUACAAUUAGAAUUCAGAAUGAGAAUCGCUUCUGAUAUAGUCCUGAAAGGAUUCAGUUUUUGAAGGCAUUAUGAAAUUACCUCUAGUUUUUAAAUCUCAUUUUUUUUCCAUAGCAUGAAUCUUAGGGGAGACAUGGAUAUGCUCAGAGAAUGAAUGAUAGUAACAUUUUGUGCAUGUGCAUGUGUGCGUGCGCGCGUCUGUGUGUGUGUGUGCAUGCACUUGAACAGAAGACGUGCACAAGGAUGUGUUUAUGAAUAUAAAUAAAUAAAUGUGUAGGUGUGAGCCUAUCUGUGUGUAUGUCAGUGGGUUUUAGGAUAUGUUAAUCAUUAUAGUAAUAUCUGUUUGAAUUGUGUUCCAUUAUGAAAAUAAACACCAAACACUAGUUUAUUUUAGAAAUGGGAAAAAUCUUUUUAAGUAAUAUUCAAGGAAGUAACUGUCUCUUUCUUUUUCAUAUAUGUAUGUGUGUGUGGCUCUUAGAUGCAGACAUCUUGUAUACAUGCAUUAAUCUGUUCACUUUAUCUCUAACAAACAAUUGCUCUUUGGAUAUGGUUAAAGAGCAUUUUGAAAGAUGUUCUUUAUUUGUAUAGUUUUACUUACUCUAUUGGUCUCUUCUUGACAAACAUUCCAUUGACAGCAAAAUAUCAAACCAUGAAGCACAUUUGAUGUUCUCUGUAGAGAAUAUUUUUUUUCAUAUUGAAAAAAAACAAAAAAUGUAGAAUAAAUAUUGAUGUUGCAUAUGGUAAUGGAUAUUUAAUACAUUUAACUUCAGUUUUAUGAAGGUUACUUGUUUUUUAAUAUAUUUUAUUUGGUAAUUGAAAUAUGUAAAAUAUAGGUAGUUUGCAUACUUUCAUAAUUUUUAUUUCAAUAUUACAAUUGUGGGGAAGCUUCCAAGUAAUUUUGAACAAAAGACAUGGCAGAAUUUAACUCAAUAUCAGUCUUAAAAGAGGUGUCAUGUAAAAUUCUUUUUUGCUUUUUUAAUGCAGUGUACAUCUACUGUAUUGUUGUUACUGUGUUGUUAAAAGUGGUUCCUAGGAAUGUCAAAUGAUGAUAAUGAUGAUGCAGAAUUAUUAUCUUCAGUUUGUACUUUCCACACAUGCUCAACCCCAGACAAAUCUUUACUCGUGUGGGGUUGGAAGCACAGGAAAUUCAAUAGCACCUGGAUGACUGAUUCAUAAUUGUGGUUAGAUUUUCAGUGGUAUAUGUGUGGUUGAAUAUCUCAUGUGGUUUUAGGAAUUUUUGGUGUUCCUUUUGUAUGGCAUAUAUACUAUUACAGAUGUUUUUGCACAUCUUAGGUCUCUGGAAAUAACCAGGAUCUCUUCCUCCUCCCUAAAAAUCUGUUCACAAGUCAGUACUAAGUCUCUACCUUUUACUGUUGAUAAAAACAUAUAUAAAAGCAAAUUAAAGAAUCACCUCAGAUGGGUGCCAAAAACUAGAUUUUUGUUUUUGUAUAUAAGCUCAGGACUUGAUAUAUGUCUGCAGUAAAAAUUGCCACAGGUAAUAUGUAAUAGGUUGUUUAAAAGACAUUUAAAGGAAUAUUGUAUGAAGAGCACAAUCUGGUAUAGGUGCCACAUAAUGACUGAAUCCUUUGAUGUUUUUAAUGGAUUUUGUAGUUUGCAUAUGAAGUUCUUUUGACAUGAAAGCUCAUGAUUAGGAACAUACACUAUAGCUAAGUGGAAGAAACUAUACAUUAUUAAACAUACUUUCAUUUUGGUUUUAAUUUUCAUUUAUUAAAAGUAAUCAGGGAAAAAUAUAACGAAAUACUUAACCCCUCGGAUCCGGUUGUUUCACAGCAGUCACAUGGCCAAAAGUCUGGGCAUUAGGCUUAUGAAAGGGACCGCUCUGCUGGGUGUGCGGCUUGUAGGCCGGGUGCAUGCGAACACUCAUGUGCAGUGACAAGACUCCAUGCUUCCCCUUAUCUUCUCUUUUUAUACAUAAGCAUUUUUAGCUUUUUUGCCAUUUUCAAUGUCCGUAUUUGUCUUUGAUUUGCAUUAUCCAGAUGGUAAUAGACUGUUUUCUUUCCACAAACUCCAUAUUAUUUCUGUAGGUAGUCUAUAACUCAGCACAAGAAAAAAAAAAUUCCUUACACUGUUAUUUGUAUAUUUAAGAAAAAAAAAAAAUUAAUAUUCAAUUUUUUGUAA